UUGGGCCUUGAGAUAAUAGGACCCGCAGUGACGGCAAAAAGUGGAAGGUGCAGGAGAACGCGGCCGAACAUGCGCGGAAUUGCCCGAAUGCGUGCAUCCACAUUGCUGCCCACCAGUACCAGUAUCCAAUAUCCAGAUGAUCCAGCUAUCCAGUGUCAGUCGACUGCCGACCAUUGAGAUGGAUGAGCGUGCUUGUUGAUGUAUUGUGUUACGCGGGAAUGUGAACCUUUAUUAUCACGUGAGUGUUGAUCGUACGAAAUACCGCGGACAAAUUUUAUAUUAUGUGUGUGUAUAUGAAUGUAUCAGUAUUAUUAUUAAUAAGAUGUGAAUGUCAUCGACAUUAAAAAUGAUAUUGCCCAUUGUGAUGCUUACCCUAUCGGCGAUUUUGGGUCUGGUCCAUGGAUGGGGCAUCAAUCACGGACAUGCUGGAACCGUCCCAAAAUGCGAAAAACUCAGCGUAUCCUUUUGUCGAGGAUUGCGUUAUAAUUUGACGGCGAUGCCGAAUUUUAUGGGCCACGAAGAUCAACGACAAGCUGAGCGAGGGCUAACGGCCUUCAUGCCACUGGUCCAUUACAACUGUUCGAGACAUCUUAGGCUUUUCUUAUGUGCCGUCUUCGCCCCGGUUUGCUCGGAGCAUGUGGCCAUGCAGAUACCGGCGUGCAAGUCCCUCUGUCUUUCCGUAAGAAGAGAUUGCGAGCCGGCUUUAACCAGUCUCACGCUGCCGUGGCCACACAUGUUGGAUUGCGAUCGUUUCCUCGAUCGUGGAAAUACACUGUGUGUGCAGCCACCAGACGAAACAUUAGAUGAUAUUAAAUUACCAGCAUUACCAACUAUUCAACAAUGGCCAGCGACGCAUGAACAAUCACUGCAGACCUCCACACAACAACAGCAACAUCAAUGUCCACCUCAUUUUGUGCAGAUACCCAAUAUAGAAACGACUUUUUGUGCACCACGUUGCGGCACCGAUGCAUAUUAUCGCGCAGAAGAUAAGAGAUUCGCUGAGCGUUGGAUGACCGGUUGGGCAUGGUUAUGUUUUUUGUCAACACUUUUCACAUUGUUAACUUUUUGGGUCGAGCCAUCCAGAUUUCGUUAUCCCGAAAGGCCGAUAAUUUUCUUAGCACUCUGCUAUAAUCUUCUUUCUGUAGCUUAUAUCAUUCGAGGAGCAGUUGGCGCUGAGAACAUCAGCUGUGUCAAUCAGAUUGAUGGACCAAGUUAUGUUCCAAUCCGCAAUGCCUUGAAGAGUAUUCCCUGCACUAUUUGGUGGUUAGUCAGGUAUUAUCUAGGACUAGCUAGUAACACAUGGUGGGCAGUUCUAUGUGGUUGCUGGCUUCUGAGUGCCAAGAAUGAGUGGAGCAGCGAAGCUCUUCACAAUAUUGCAUCUUAUCUUCACGCAGCUGCAUGGAUUAUUCCAAUACUCUUCACAGGAGGAAGCUUGCUGUCACGCAACAUAGUGGCGGAUGAGUUAACUGGAUUAUGCCAGGUUUCUGAUGAGUCGGCAUUAUGGUUGGAAGUGCUACCGCAUGCUACAUUGCUAUUGUUGGGCUGUGUAUUUAGUAGUAUCGCUGGAAGCGCCUUGAUCCGCGUGCGAAAGGCCGUGCGUUGUGCCGGACGCAGCGCAACGAAACUGGAGCGUUUAAUGACACGGUUAGGUAUCUUUGCAUUGUUAUAUGCAUUACCAGCAUUGGGCGGUCUCGUCUGCGUGUUGCAUGAGGCCUCAGUGAAGCCACGAUGGCGGCAACUGGCACUGCUUGCAGCAUUGGAUUGUCGCACGACUCAGAACUGCACUCCAGGUCCGAUCUAUCGGGCCGCAGGUCUCGAGAUUACUCUUCUAAGACUUUUCUUGUCUCUCGUGAUCGGUAUCACUUCCGGCAUGUGGGUAUGGUCUAGCAAGACCUGUCGCACUUGGAGUAAACUGCUCACCGCACCCAGUAAGCCUAUUAGGAUGCAGAAAUCUUUUCAAAGCUUUAAGCAGGACGGCACUGUUGCUUAAGAAUUUUCAAGAUGGAUCUCUCAAACCUAUCCUAACUCUAAUAUAGGCAAAAUCUAGAGGACGUUUCUUAAGAAGUCUGAAAUUUUAAAACUUGCAGAUAUAUUUUAAAAUCUCUUCUAGAAAUGUUUUCUGAGCAGUAGUUAAAAGAUAGUUUAUAAGAGAAAUUUUAUAUAUAUAAAAUUAUAGGAAAUGCAAGAAUGAUUAUGCUUUUGUAUAUAUAUGUUGUAUAUAUUGUAAAAAUGAUGUAUAUCCGGGUAGUUCAUAACGUGUAAAAAUUUCUACGAAUCUUUGUUUAAUGAAGGAGCAGUUUAAAGAUCUUAAAAAUAAUCAUGUUUUGUGUGUUUUUAAUGUAAGUAUAUUUAUUUUAUCUAAAAUUUCAGACGUAUUUUUAAAAAUUUAUCUAAUAAUCGUAUUUUAUAUUAAACAUUAUAUUAUUUUAUAUAUUUUUUUACAGAAUGUUUAAAAAACAUUUAAUUUUAAGCGCUUCAAAAUAAUUAUCAUUCCGAAAUUAAUAUAAUAGCAAAGAUUAUAUUUUUUGAUUGAUACAACACACUUUAAUAAACAUGUCUCUUGUUUUUAUUUAAAUAUUAUUUUUGUUUCAUAGUCGUGACUUCCCUUCCUCCCUAUUUAAUUCUAAUAAAUAUAAUUUAUUUAUUAUACUACAUUUGUGUAUAUUUCUGGCUACUUGUUUUUAAUUUUUUUAUCUCAAAUUGCAUGCCAAUAUCGGAAAAAAAUUUGAUAAAUCACAAAAUUAAUUUUUGCGUAGGAUAGGAAUAUUUUAAUAUAAAAUUAGAAAAUCAAAGAUGUCAAAUAUUAAUCAGAAAUUAUGGUUUUAUAUCACGUUCUUAAUGACCGCGUUAGACAUUAAAGACUGAAGAUAAACAAUUUUAAUUUGGUUAAAAAAUCGGAACAAAAGUAGCUAAAAAUUUCUUUGUCCUAAUUGUUUUUCUUUGUCCAAAUUUCAAUCUUCAAUGCGUAGUUUAGUGGGGUGCGAGAUAUGGAGUACAGAAAAUCUAUAGUAUACGUAACGUGAACUAUACAUAGAUUUCCUGUGCCGGCAGUAUAUAGUAUAUAACGGACGUAACUGUGAGUCACGUGACACCUAUGACGCCUAUGCCUAUGACCACAUCACGAUUCCUACGCCGUGUAGCCUACUUUCUCAAUUGAAUUGAUUUUAACUUUACAAGCGCUAAUUUGCGCUAAAUUUGAUCCCACAAGGUAUUUAUUGUUCUAAAUUAAGAAAUCGCGUUGCAUUAAUUUACAAAAAUCCACGAUAUUGGACAAAUUUUGCUGCAUGAAGGUGGAACUACUUCGUGCAUCAACGCGCAAGGAUACACUCUAACGAACUGUGCGGGAUAUAUAACGCCCCUCUCUCGACGGUCAUUGUUCAUACGUUCCUACUGGAUACUUUGGGAAUCAUUCUAGAACGGGACACGGAGCGAGAGACAUCUCAUUCGUGUCUCGUGCACGAUAAGAUCAAUUGGCGAAGGAUCGAUUCGAAGAAGUCCUCGAGCAAACAAGCGCGAGGUGCAUACAGUGUCAUCAUUUGAGAUGGCAAUGGAUAUGGAUGGACAGGAAAAGAGGGAUAAAAAGAAAAGAGGAGAGGGAUAAAAAAAGAGAAAAAAAAAAGUUGCUAUAAGACAGAUGGACCUUACCUCAGGAUUUACUUCACUCUUCUUUUGGCCCUUGUAAGUCUACCAGUCAAUUUAGUUUAUAUAUGGUAAACCAAAGUACUUUGACUUACUUGGAGCUUAGUUAGUAAUAGAUAUAUAUUUAAAGUGCAAAAUACUCUUACGGAAAACAACAAAAACUUUUACAUUCAGAAAUAUUUUUAAACUUUUUAUAAAUUUGUAAGAAAUAUGUAGGUGCAUUGUAAGAUACUUGCAUUGUGAUAAUAAUUUUAUCAAUGUUUCUAGACUUUAGCUUUUCUUGACCCUGAACAGUAUAACUAGGCAAAAGAGAUCAAUCAAUAAUUAACAAAAAAUUGUAAGAUUACUAUAUUUUUCAUUUAUCAAAAUAUUAAAUAUCAAUUGAUUGCAAAAUUCAUUAUAUUAUGUAUAAUUUUGCCAGUCUUUAAACAUAUGUAUACAUUUUCCUCAUACAUUUUAAAGAUGUUUUAUGCUGUUUAGGAUUGAUAUAAUGAAAACAAAGGAUCUCACAAUUAUAAUAUACCAAGAUUUUGAUAUUAAUUUUUAUCGAAUUUACUUGUAAGUAAUAAAAGACUGUGAUGCAGAUAAGAGGAGGAAGUUGUCGAGAGUGUAAAAUACAUUUUCACACAUACAAACAUCCUAGAAAAUACAUCUUAUUGCGAGCAAGGGAUAUUGGCUGUCCAAAUAAAGACGACGACAUCGUCGUCGGCAGCGGCUUAGAAAAUGUAUUUAGGUUGCCCAUAAGAGGGAGAAAAUGGGCUCUAGAGAAGUAAAAUAUAUUUAUAAUGUAAUAGAAAAGGGAAGGGAAAGAGUUUUUAUUUCUAGAGACUGGUUCAACAAAUCCAGCGCACAAACGAAAUUAUCUUCUACCAUUCACUGUGAUAAUGACCUCGUCUGUGUGAUAACUACGACAAUUAGAUAUGACAUUCAUCUGGAGAGCUUACAUUCCCUCGAAUCAAUUGUACGUUUCCCUAGUUCCAGAAUUCGAUUUUCAUUGAGUAACAUAGGAUAAUGGUCCUCAGAUGUGGAAACUCAGUUGCAUUAAUCCGAAGAUUGCAAGUAUAUUUCAAGUAAGAUAACUGCAAGCAUGCAAAACAAUUUAUUCAUUUGAGAGAAAUAUCCAAAGUUUUUUUCUAUUUGAUAUGUGAAAUGCGCUUGUAUUGUUCUGGUAUUGCUAUAAUUAUAUAUUCAUAGAUCUGUGCCAUCUUGGCCAUAUUGAGACUGUAACCAGGACAGGAUGCCAAUAUAUAUGCAUGUGUAUGUUUUAAAGUUUUAGCCAUUUGAAAAAUGUAAGGACGAUCACACAAUAGAUUCCAGAGAAACUUUUAUUGAAUGAAGGAUAUGUUGAUAUAAAAGAAAGUAUAUGCGUAAGACAUACAAUUAAUAGAAUAAAAGAAGAAAAUUAUUUUAGAAAAUAAUAUAAAACUUCUGUUAUUACAUAUUAAUUAUUCAAAUAUUUUAUGAUAGUAAACAAAAAUAUCAAUGGGGUUAUAGCUCAUGUCUCGCGCGAAGCAUACACGCAACAGGUAACAAUGCAUAUUAUAUCUUUGUUCUCAAAUAUCUUAAAAUAAUACAUUAAAAAUGUAUUAAAGAUUUUAAAUUAAUAGACAAAAAGCUCCAAAAUCAUUUUUAUUCUUGAUAUUAUUUAUGAAUUUUAUUCAUGAUUUAAUUUAUAAAUUUUAUUGAUAAAUUUAUAAAUUGUAUUUUUCUGUAAUAUUGGAUGCAUGUUUUUCGGAAUAUGCUGGAGGGGCGGGGGGGGAGUCAUUAAUCUUGUAGUAUUCGAAGCGUUUCAGAUAGCCAUGCGAUAGUGAAACCCUUACCCUUUAUAUGGAAAUUAUUUUCUUUAUCUUGCAAACAUAUAUGAAUUCUUAGAAAUAUGAAGCCGGCUAAUUGACGAUUUAUACUUUCUUGAUGUCCUCGCGAGCAAUCUUAUCUUUUUUCUCGCUACAUAAACAGGUUUGAUAUUGUUCUCUUUUAGAAGAACUUUUAAGAGAAAUCUCUUUUUCCCGUAGCAAUCAUCACAUUAAAUAGACAAUUGACACUUUGGGCUUGAAUUAAAUGUUUCUCUAAAAUCUUACCUAUUAAUGAAGGAGUUCAGAGAAACAUGAAAGUAGGCAAUCAUGUAUCAUCUGUUGUCGGCAUUCGAAUUAUCGCUGGUCUUCAAAAUUCCGCCAAGCGGAAUUCUCUUCCUAUUGGCUUUCGAUCGUUAUCUUCUGCAGCCAUGCUUUUACAUUAUCUAUGGUUUACUGUUGUGAUUGGAAAGUUUUUUGUCAACUCAGACUUUGCUGCAGAGGAGGAUUAUUGUGGAUUUUCAUUAAAAAAUGAUAAUUAUUGUGGAAUUUGCGAAAAUACAAUUUUUUCCAACAGUGCUAUCAUAAAGCAUGCAGAGUUAAAGAAAAAUGAUUUCUUUUUCUAUAUAUAUGUAUGAAAAAUCGCUUAUUACGUUAUUGAAAGAGUAUUGAAUUUAAAAGAAUCAUCAUUAAAAGAUCAAGAGAAGAGGAUUCUCAUAGAAUCAUGGUGGAAUUCUCGUGGAACUAUGUUGCUAGAGAAUAUCAUUGUAAGAUUUCAUUAUAGAAGAAGAUCAUCGUAUGACUUCAUCGCAAAAGAGGAUCACUGUGAGACUUCAUUGCAGAAGAAUUGUCGUGGCACUUCAUCACAGAAGAGAAUCGUCGUGGGACUUCAUCACAGAAGAUGAUCAUCAUGGAACUACAUUGUGGAACUGGGUCGUCAUGGGACUUCGUCGUAGAAGAGGAUUAUUAUGGGACUUUUUGUUACAAAAGAAGAAUAUUAUAGGAUUUCAUCGCAGAAGAGGAUCACUAUGGGAUUUUAUUGCAGAAGAUCGUCGUGGGACUUCGUAGAAGAGGACUAUCAUCGUAGGACUACAUUGUGGAACUGGAUCAUUGUGGGACUUCGUCGUAGAAGAGGAUUAUUAUGGGACUUUUUGUUACAAAGAAGAAUAUUAUAGGAUUUCAUCGCAGAAGAGGAUCACUAUGGGAUUUUAUUGCAGAAGAUCGUCGUGGGACUUCAUCGUAGAAGAGGAUCAUCGUAGGACUACAUUGUGGAACUGGAUCGUUGUGGGACUUCGUCGUAGAAGAGGAUUAUUAUGGGACUUUUUGUUACAAAGAAGAAUAUUAUAGGAUUUCAUCGCAGAAGAGGAUCACUAUGGGACUUUAUUGCAGAAGAAGAUCGUCGUGGGACUUCAUCGUAGGACUACAUUGUGGAACUGGAUCGUUGUGGGACUUCAUCGUAGAAGAGGAUUAUCGUGGAACCGGAUCAUCAUGAGAUUUUAUCGUAGAAGAAUAUCAUUACGGGGCUUCAUCCAGAAGAGGAUCAUCAAGGAAAUCGCGGAACGGCGAUCAUUAUGGAGCUUCCUUGUACCAUGAAUCUUAAUUGUAGAAGAGGAUAUUGUAGAAUUUCAUCCCAAUUAUAGAAGAGGAUCGUCGUGGGACUUCAUCACAUAAGAGGAUCAUCGUGGAACUUCAUUGCAGAAAAAAAUUAUUUUGGAUCUCAAUUAUAGAAGAGGAUCGUCGUGGGACUUGAUCACAGAAGAGGAUCAUCAUGGGACUUCACAAAAAAGAAUUACUAUGGAUCUCAAUUAUAGAAGAGAAUCGUCGUGGGACUUGAUCACAGAAGAGGAUCAUCGUGGGACUUCACAAAAAAAAUUACUGUAGAUCUCAAUUAUAGAAGAGGAUCAUCGUGGAACAUCAUUGCAAAAAAGGAUCACUGUGGGAUUUCAUUGCAGAAGAUAAUUAUUAUGAAACUAUCAUAGAAAUGGAUUAUCAUCAUUGAACUGUGUUUCAGAUAAAUAGUUCUAAUAUUUUAUGUGAUAAAGCUGCAUUACUGCAGAAUUUCUCUUUUGUUACAGAACAAAAUCAUCAAAGAUCAUCUUUUUACAUCACUGAACAAAAUUAUAGGAUUUUGUCGAAAAGGAAAUUAUCGUAAAAUUUAGUUACUGAAGAGUAUUUACAACAGUAUUCACAAGAAUCAAUUACAAGAGAUUUUAUUGUACAAAAGGAUUAUUAUGGAAUGUUUCAUUGCAAGAUUAUCGUGGAAUUUUGUUGCAAAAGAGAGUCAUUGUAGGAUUUCUUUUUUAUUAAAGUAAAAGAGAAUUAUUAUCAUGAGAUUUUGUCAUAGUUUUAUUAGUAGAUGAGGAGUUCUAAUAUUUUGUUACGAAACAUGAUUAUUGCGGAAUUUCUUGUUACAGAAUAGCAUCAUUAUGCUACUAUUCUACAUUGUCUUCAUACGUUUUUAUCUCUGGAUAGGAUUAUGUGGAACUUCAUUGCAGAAGAAAUCAUAGUGAAAUUUAAAGAUUUAUUUUAAACUUUAUUAUACAAGAAGAUUAUUAUUGGAGUUUGUCACAGAAGAGAAUUAUCAUUAUUGAAUUUUGUUGAGAAUAAUCAUGAGGGAGGGACUGCAUUUCUUAGAAAAAGGUUAUUUUAAUAUAUACUUUAUCACAAAGCAAAAUUAUUGUUGCAGGAUAAAACAGGAUUACCAUAAGACUAUCAUACAUUUUCAUUUUUCAAUAGGAUUAUUAUGGAAUUGUAUUGCAGAAGAAAGUUAUUACAGAAAGAUGAAAAUUGUUGUAAAAUUUUAUUGGAAAAGUCAAUUAGCUUAAAAUUUUAUCAUAGAAAGAAUCAUUGUAUAAUUAUUAACUUAUUUGGAACUUUAUAAUAUGGAUCUUAAAUCUUGUAAAUAUAUAACUUUGACAUCAUGGAAUUUAGAGUUCCAAUCGAAAAAUCUCGAACUUUUGGAUUAUGAAUCUUGGACAUUGUGAAAUCAUUUUUUCAUCAAUUUAAAAAUUAUUUUCAGCUACAUUUUGAACAUUACAGGAGACGCUUCAAUAUCAUCAAAGUUAAACUUUUAUUACAAUGAAAUUUAAUCUUUUGCAUCAAUGGACUUAACUUUCAAAAUUUGGAUUUUUACUAUAAAAAAAUUUAAUAUUCUUAAAAUUGCAAUUUUUUUAAAAGAAAAUAUAAAGAACAAAUAUUUUUGUACCUGAAUAUACUAAAUAAUUUUAUCUGAAUUAAAAUCAAAUAUUUUUAUUGUUAAAUUAAUUGUCGGCAUCUUCAAUAUCAUUUUGAAUUUGUGGAGAGUUUUAUAUAAUUACAUAUGUAUAGUAAGAUUUGUAAUUAUAUAAAUAUAGUAGAAUUUCUUUAAA